UCCUCACCACAUCCCAGCCAUGGCCCUAGUUCUGCCGCUGCUGCCACUGCUGCUGUCGAGGGCCCAAGGGGACGCCUCGGUUGUCUUGGACGGCCGCCCGGGCGACCGGGUGAAUCUCUCCUGCGCGGGGAUCUCGCAUCCCAUCCGCUGGGCAUGGGCGCCUAGCUUCCCAACGUGCAAGGGCCUGUCCAAAGGACGCCGCCCGAUCCUGUGGGCCUCUUCGAGCGGAACCCCCACAGUGUCUCCAGUUCAGCCCUUUGCUGGUCGCCUAAGAGUCUUGGACCCUGGUAUCCGGCGGCUAGAGCUGCUCCUGAGCGCGGGGGACUCGGGCACGUUUAUCUGCAGGGGCCGUCAGGAGGACGAGAGCCGUACAGUGCUUCGAGUGACAGGGGAUGGGGCCGAUUGCAGGGCUCCAGGGCCUAGCCAGGGGUCCGUGUAUCCCCAGCUCCUGAUCCCACUGCUGGGCGCCGGGCUGGUGCUGGGACUCGGAGCGUUGGGCGUGGUCUGGUGGCACCGCCGGCGCUCACCCCGGCACCCACUUCGACCCUUCCCCAGACAUGCUCUAUCCCCUCCACAUAGCUCCACUAGUAAAAGCCGAGCCCCAGAGGCCAGUAAAGGAGGAGGAGCCCAAGACUGCAGGGGACAUGGACCAGGAGCAGAACCUGCUGUAUGCAAACCUGGAUCAUACGGCCCUCAGAAGACCCCGCCAGUUGCUGCCAGUGGUCCCUGCUGAUUCCUCCACCAUCUAUGCGGUUGUAGUCUGAAGCGAAGCCCUUACUCCAAACAUCAGAAGCAUGGGGGUUCCCUAUAACUGCCCUCUCCUCUGACUCUCCCAGGAAAAAGGCAACCUGGGGUAGAAAUCAGCACUGGCCUGGGAGUCAGGAAGCCAGGGUAUCUCUGCCACUGGUCUUGCUCCUUCAGCUAGGAGCAAGAUCCCCGUCAGCCAGUCCUAGGUAGUUGUCUCACCUCUUCCCUUCCUUCCAGUCAAGCUCUUUGAAGCAGGGGCUUACACUCGUCUUCUCCAUUUUCUUCUCCUUCACUCCACUCCUAUGAGGUUGCCAGUGAUGUCCUAAUGGCCACAUCCAGUAGACAUUUUUUAGCAUUCAUCUGGGUUGGUCUUUUAUUACUCCAUUCUUUAAGCUGUUUUUCUUUAAUGCUAAUGUCUUCUUUCUGGACCUUUCUUUCUCCUUACCUCCAUGGUAUUCUUCACCAUGCUAAGUUUGUCCCUUUCUUUACCUGCCUUCUUCCUCUUCUGGGAAGCUGUUGUCCACAGUGGUCUCAGCCCUCACCUUGGCAAAUGACACGCAAAAUCCUCUCCAACUCAGAUUUCGGAUAUGGCAUUUUCCAAACUGUCCCUCAGACAUCCCUGCCUACCUGGCCCUAUGCAUUCUGCACACAGCAUCUCCAAAACUCAGUCACGUCCCAAACCUCUCAGUCCUCCUCUAUUCUCUUGAUCAACACUGUUGGCCCAAGUCAGAGACUGAAUCAGGGAGUGAGACCUCCUUCCCCUCUCUCUUACACAAUGAACCAAGUCUUGCCAUUCUGUUUUAAGGUCACUGUCAAAUCCACACCGUCUUCAUGCUCAGCACUGCCACCUGAAUGUACUCUCAUUUCCUUGUGUUACCUGUACCCCCACUUCAUCCUUCUGCCUUUGUACCCUCCUCCCUAAAGCCAGACAGAUCUUUCCCCAAUACCAACCUGCUUCUGACAGCCUUAUUUCAGAUCUGUAGUAUUUCUUUCCUUAACCUUCAGCUCUCUGCCUGUUCUCCAGGCCUAUUUCUGUCAUACCACACGUAUACAACAUGCUAGCCUUAGAGAAAUUCUCCCCAGGCCCCAAAUGUUCUAUGCCUUUGCCCAGCGCAAUUCUUUUUUCAUGGAUUACCCUGUUCCCUCUUCUCCACUACCUGCCUUGACUCUUGAGUGUAGCUUCUGGGAAGCCAUUUCUGACCCUCUUUGCCACCAUGCAUAUUUUGAUGCCCUGGGAGUCCCCUUAUAUCUCUCAUCAGCAGUGAAUUGGCCCUGGCUGGUGUAGCUCAGAGGAUUGCGCGAGGGCCUGUGAACAAGAGGAUCACAGUUCGAUUCCCAGUCAAGGCACAUGCCUGAUUGCAGGCCAGUUCCCAGCAGGGAACCCACGAGAGGCAACCAUACAUUGAUAUUUCUCUCCCUCUCUCCUUCCCUUCCCCCCUAAAGAUAAAUAAAACACACACACACACACACACAAAACAAAAACAGUGAAUUGUUCCAUCACAAACUGCUCAACAAUUGAGUUCCUUGAUCCUUUUCGCAUCACUGCUAGGUCUCAGUAAAUGAGUGAAUAAAAAUGAA